AUGACUGUAUUUGGCAGAGCUGACUCUUCAGACCCAUCAGCCCGUCAGAAUCAGCCCGGCCGUUCCGAGGCAGUCUCCACUGGAGAUGUGGACACAGACUCUGCCGGCUGGAGUGCUGUGUCUUCACUAAGUGAUGUUUCCAGUCACACACUUUCUUUAGGACCAGUGCCCGGGGCUGCUUAUUCAGAUUCGGCUGUCUCUGAUAGAUCAGAGCCAUCACCACCAAAGGAUCAAGGUGACGGCAUUGCACUGCCACAGAAAAUUCUUUUUCCCUCAGAGAAGAUUUGUCUUAAGUGGCAGCAAACUCACGGAGUUGGUGCUGGGCUUCAGAACCUGGGCAACACCUGCUUUGCCAAUGCAGCGCUGCAGUGUCUGACAUACACAGCACCUCUCGCCAAUUACAUGUUGUCGCAUGAACACUCCGAGACAUGUCAUGCAGAAGGAUUUUGCAUGAUGUGUAUAAUGCAAGACCAUAUUACCCAGGCACUCAAUAAUCCUGGGGAUGUUAUUAAACCCAUGUUUGUCAUCAAUGAGAUGCAGCGAAUAGCCAGCCACUUCCAAAUUGGCGAGCAAGAAGAUGCCCAUGAGUUUCUUCAGCACACGGUUGACGCCAUGCAAGAAGCGUGCCUCAGUGGCAGCAACGAGUUAGACAGACACACCCAGGCCACCACACUAAUUUGCCAGGUGUUCGGGGGAUACCUGAGAUCUAGAGUCCAAUGUUUAAAUUGCAAGGGUGUCUCAGAUACCUUUGAUCCAUAUCUGGAUAUUACCUUGGAGAUAAAGGGUGCUCGGACUAUCAAUGAGGCGCUGGCGCAGUUUGUGAAGCCGGAACAGCUGGAUGGAGAAAACUGCUACCAGUGUAGCAAGUGCAAAACCAUGGUUACGGCUUCAAAGAAUUUUACCAUACAUCAGUCAUCUAACGUUCUUAUACUUUCUCUAAAACGUUUUUCAAAUUCCACUGGUGGGAAAAUUGCUAAGGAUGUGAAAUACCCUGAAUAUCUCGACAUUAGGCCAUUCACGUCACAGCCAAAUGGAGAACCUAUUGUAUACACUUUGUAUGCAGUACUGAUCCACGCAGGAUAUAACUGCCGUGUGGGCCAUUAUUUAUGUCACGUAAAAGCUAGCAAUGGCCUGUGGUACCAGAUGAAUGACUCCAAGGUAUCUCCCAGUGAUACUGAAUCUGUGCUAAGCCAGCAAGCCUACGUACUAUUUUAUAUAAGGACCAAUGAUGUGAAAAGUGGGAGUGAAUUUGCUAGGCAUCCCACAUAUCACCGCUGCCAGUCCUCUCCCCACCGGGUCACCAGUCCUCGGGGCAUCGGUAACAAGCAGGCUGCAGCAGAGCUUCCUGGACCACAGCUUCCCCCUCACACGGUGAAGAAUUCACCCCACGCCAAUGGGACCAGGCCAGGGAAUGACCCACCAAGGAGUUCCACGUCAAGUCCCAGUGGAAGUCCCAGAGUCAAGAGGUGUGGUCCUGUUAAUAUGACUACUUCUAUCCAAAACUGGUCAGUUAAAGCCCCCGAGAUUCCAGAACACCCUGAGAAACAAAAAAAUCACCAUCAGAAUCAUAAUAAGCUUCCACCUACAACAGGGCAGAGUCCAUCAGGGGACCUCGUCUUGGAGCCUGAGGCUGGCAGCCCCAUUGCUGGUUCCCCCAAGAAACUGGACAGGAUGAGUCUAUGCAGCAAAUUUAAGGAGGCUUUGCUGCCCCCUGGCAGCAGCCUCACAUCUACCAAAGAGGUUACCUCAGAAAACAGCUCAGCCAAACCUGAUGAGUUUUUGUGUAUCGUAAACAGCACGGGGGCAGAUGUACUUCCCGAACCCUGUGGCACUGAUAAGGGAACACAGGACAGCAGUGAAACCACCCAGGAGGACAAAGUGUUGCUACCUGAGAGCCUGCAGGACUCUGGUCCAGCAGAGACAGUGGAGCAGCUGAGCCCAGCUUCCUCCACACAUCCAGAAGGUGGAUGGGAGCCUGAACUCUCGGUUUCCCUUAGUGGAGACCUGUGUAGUGACACAGAGGCCCUGUCCUGGAGCGCAGAUGAAUCUGCUGAUGCACUGCCCUCUGCUCAGCCACAUAGGACCUCAGGUGCCCAUCCUGAAGGGGAUCCUGGACACAGUCAUGGGGAGAGGUGUGACAAAGAUAAAGCCUGCCAGAAGGUUCCGAAUUGCCCUCCAGUUAAAGGGAAAAUCGGCAGCCUUAAGAAAAUUAACAGAGGACAUUACUGUAACCAUCGAGACCGCUCCUCCAGUGGGGAACAUGUGCAGAAAAGUCGGAGUGGGAGUCGGAGUCAGAGCAGGACUGGGGGUCAUUGGCAUAGAAAGCGGCACUCCUACACCAGAAAGCACAGCAAACAGGAAGGCCACGCCGCUGUGCAGCCCCGCAGCAGGAGCCGGCACCCUCUGUGCUGUGGGGAGUCAGUCAGUCCUGGCAAGCGCUGCAAUCUGGGAAGGUACAGCUGCCACCACUCCCGAACCAGGAGAGGGGCUGAGCAGGACUGGAGCCGAUAUCACCGCUCAGCCAGCGAGCACUCCUGGCUCCCAGAGAAGUGUGACCCCAAGAAGAUGUGGUGGGACCGGUGCAGGUAUUACCCUGACAGGUACACUCCAUAUGCAGGCAGGAAGCCCAGUGUGAAGGGACCACAUAAGGACUCCUCCCCGGCCAGGAAGGGCUGGGAGCCUCCUGCCCGGGUGAGGGAGCGGACCCACUUCCACAGCCCUUGCACAGGUGCUGCACCCCCUUUCCCUCUGCACCCCAAGCGCUACUCCCAGGAAAAAGCAGCCUUUGGAGCUGAUGACAGUGGCUGUGGCCUGUCUGAUCAGUUUUAUGAACACAAAAGCAUGAAGUCACGCAAAUGCAGGUAUGAGAAUACAAAAAGUAAUGACAGUCAUGAGGAAAAGAAAGCCCACAGGAGCCUGCCCAAAGACCUGGAGGAGCCUAAGGCGAAGAAGCACAAAAGGUCAAAGAAGAAGAAGAAAUCUAAAGACCAACACCAGGAGCGUGACCACAGGCAUCAGCUAGAUCCAGAUGUUCAAGGAGUAUACUCCAAAGCUGACCUCUACAGACACAAAAAGAAGAAAAAGAAAAAGAAGAGGCACCCAAGGAACUCAGAAAACUCUGAAAAAGAACCAGGACUGUACCUGCUGAAGGCCUCCAGCCAUGGGAACAUCAGCUAUUUCGAGAGACCCAAGGGCAGCUACCUGCUCACCGAUGGCCUGGCCAUGGAGGACACUGGAUCUUUCCCAAAGAAGAGCCACAUGUUGGAGUAUAGCCUAGUGGGGCAGCCCCUCCCCCUUUGUGACUGGUUCCCUGAGGAGGAGGCCUGA